AUGAAUCCUGAAUACGAUUACCUUUUCAAACUACUUCUGAUUGGAGAUUCUGGCGUAGGAAAAUCUUGUCUGCUUCUUCGUUUCGCUGAUGAUACGUAUACCGAGAGUUAUAUUAGUACGAUUGGGGUGGAUUUUAAAAUCCGGACUAUAGAUCUUGAAGGGAAGACUGUCAAACUUCAGAUUUGGGACACAGCAGGUCAAGAAAGAUUUCGUACUAUCACUUCAUCCUAUUACCGGGGUGCACAUGGUAUAAUCGUGGUUUACGAUGUGACUGAUCAAGACACGUUUCUCAAUGUUAAACAAUGGCUUCAAGAAAUUGAUCGUUAUGCUUGUGAAGGUGUGAAUAAAUUGUUGGUGGGGAAUAAGAGUGAUUUGACGAAUAAGAAAGUGGUGGAUUAUACAAACGCAAAGGAAUUUGCUGAUGGAUUGAGUAUUCCAUUCUUGGAAACAUCUGCCAAGAAUGCGACUAAUGUUGAACAAGCAUUUUUGACGAUGGCUAAACAAAUUAAAGACAGAAUGGGUACACAAGUUGCUCCAGGAGCUCCAAAGAAAACUGUCAACAUCACUGGCGGAACUACAGUACCUACACAAUCCGGUAGUGGAUGCUGUUAA